AUGUUGAUUCGGGUCUUGACACGAUUGACGUGUUGUUUUUUGUGGAUUACUGUAUUUAUCACCGCGAUUAUUGGCAUUAUUUAUUUGUGUUUGUUCGUUUUGGUGAGCAAUGAUUUGAUUUGUAAAAGUGAGGAGAGAACGAGAUUGGAGAUUUGUAAACCGGUUAGUUUUUAUAGUUGGACAUCGACUAAAUGACAUUUUCAUGUUUUUUAAGCAAAUGGGUUGAAAUAUUGGGUUCUAAUGUUAUUCGUAUGAUAGAAUGGUCCAAGACGAACAGAAUGAUAUAAAUUUUGAUGACUUUACGUUAUCCAUAAGUGAUUUAGCGACGUUUAGCCGAUAUUUAGUCGAUAAGCCGAGUCGAUCAACUAAACGUCGCUAAAUCACUUAUGGAUAACGUAAAGUCAUCAAAAUUUAUAUCAUUCUGUUCGUCUUGAACCAUUAUAUCCUAUGAAUAACAUUAAAACCCAAUAUUUCAACUCAUUUGCUUAAAAAACAUGAAAAUGUCAUUUAGUCAAUGUCCAACUAUAUCUUAGAGCUCUUUUAACUUAUAAAGUUGCAUAAUUUUCAUUUAAUUUUUCCCUCCCAGCCAAAAUCCACCCCAAAACACGCACCAAAACCUAAUCGCUUCUCGAAAAUCCAUCAAAAAUCCAAUAUUUUUGAAAAUUACGAGGAAAAUUGCCAUAUUUAUCGAGUUUUCGUGGAAAACCUGCAAAUGUUCAACUAGAUUUUCUAUAUAGACAGAAAAUCAGCAAAAACUUACCGAAAAUCCGGCGAAUCUUUCGAAAUUGACGAUUUUCCUGUGAAAAUUCUGACCAACAUCCGAAAAAUCUCCGAUUUUCCAGGUUUUUGACAUCCUGAAACAAAAACUUUGUCUAUUAUUUUUCAACAACAGGAAAAAUUCGAGAAAACUCACCAAAAAACUUCAGAUUUUCAGUGUCGCAACGAAUUAUCGAUUUUUCUGAUUUCUUAGAAGCCAUUUCCAGCUGGCGAGAAAAUACGAACUGAAACUAGAAUUUAUCAAAGACUGAUUUUUUUUUUCGAAAAAAAAAGAAAAAGAAAAAAUGGGCGGUCACGUCACGUAAAGAACAUUAAAAAGAGACAUUUGAUUUUUUUUUUUCAUUUCGAGAAAUCAGGAAACUGGCAUUGCUCAUGUUAGUUUUGAAAUCUUUUUUAAUUUUACAACCCAAAACCCAGAAACAGAAAACUUUUGCGCGCGCAACCGCGAAAAAACAAAAAUAAAAUUUUGAAUCCGCUAAAAAACAGGCGAGCGGAGUGUCGUUGUUUUAUUUUCUUUUUUUUUUCUUCCGAAAAAAAACAAUAUUUUUUCGAUUCAGCCAAAUUUUCCCAUUUCAGUCUCAAAAAAAAUGUUUUUUUUCAGAAAAUCACUGUGUUGACAACUGAGAUUCUGCAACUCAACGAAACUUCGGCAAAAUACGAUGAUCUUCAUGAAAUUUGCAAGGAUGUUCUGGUGAGUUUUUAUUGAUUUUUCUCAGAAUUUCAGGCUUGUUUUAACAAGAAUGUUUUUUAGGCCUGUCUUCACCCGAUAAAAUGCAAAUCGCAAACCAACGAAUUCGAAUACGUCCGCAAUUUCUGUCAAGUUAUCAGCACCCUGGCCUUCGAAUCCGGCAAAUGCUUCAAAUCCCUCAAUUCCACUAAUGUUUCCUGCCCAAAAAUCCUAUUUUUGGCUGGCGGAAGAUAUUCAAGAUCUAAACAGCAUUGCAACAAUCUGGCCGGUGGAGAAAAAUUGCAUUUUUGA